CCUUCGAGCAGCGCUCCCGGCCCGCGCUCCUCAGCUGCUUCCGGCACGCUGAUUGAUCUAAAAGGCCAAAAUCCCUCCCACACUGACGACAGCUUUAAAACUGCGGUGCCAGCGGCCGUGGCGUCCUCUGGACGGCGCCGCAGCGGUGGUGGUGGUACCCGGAGCCCGGCGGCGGCCCCAGCCCAGGGUGCCAGCAGCGCGGCUGCAAAGCUGCUCCCGAGGCCGAGCUCCCAAAGGAUCUGUCAGCGCUCCUGAUGCCUCCGGAUCAAGGUGCUGUUUGUUCCUGUCAGAGAGAUUCCGGCUGUGAGCUGGAGGAGAGUGAAUUGUGCUCCAUUCAUGGAGUUGUGAAGGAACUCCUGCAUCCCCAGGAGGGACCAGCAGCCGGGGUUCCACACUCGCCUGCGGCACAAGGAGCCACUUGGCAUCAGCAGGGGGCUGCCACUUGUGAGCGUGCAGUGAGGGAAGAUGUGGAGAAUGGAUUCUGCACCAGGGAUGGGAGUGUGAGGGAGCUCCUGGAUCCCCAGGGCACAUCAGCAACCAGCACUGAACACAAAAGGGGCCUCAGAAGAUUGCUGGGUGAAUGGUUCAGGAGCCAUCCCGUGGGCACGGCGCUGCUGAUUCUGCUGCUCCUGCUGCUGCUGCUGGCUUUGGGGGUGGUCUUGGCUGUGCUGGCAGGUAAGAGAGGGGCAGCAGCCUGGGCCCAGCCCCUCGGGGCAGAGCGGGCUCCCUGCUCCCUGCAGAGGGGAAUCCUCACACCUUCUCCUCUUCCCCCUGCAGCAGCAGCACAGGUUCCAGUGACACCUGCCACUCCACAGUGUGUUCUGGGCUGUCCCCCUGGCUGGGUUGGCUACAAUGGGGUCUGCUACUACUUGUCAAGGGAUUACAGCAGCUGGGAGCAGGCUGAGGAACGGUGCUCGGAGCUCGGGGCCUCCCUGGCCAUUCUGAAGGAUGAGGAGGAAAUGGGUUUGCUCUUCCGCCUCCGCGGCAACGGCGAUUACUGGCUCGGGCUGCGCAGACGGGGCGAGCGCCUGCACUGGGGGGACGGCAGCAGCUACAGCUCCCGGGUUCCUGUCCUCGGCAAUUCCGACUGUGUGUACCUGGCUGAGGAUAAAUUCAGGAGUGAGUUCUGCUCAAACGAGCGGCCGUAUGUCUGCAGCAGGGCCCAGGCUCCCCUGUAACUGGGGCUGCAGAAAGGACCUUGUCCACGCUGGGCAGUGCCAGCUUCACCUCUCAGCCCAGCCCAGGGCUGUCCUUGCUCAGCUGCACCCUGUGCCUUGCCCUCGCUCUCAGGGUCACCUCAGUGCCUCUUCAUCCAUGCCCAGUGCCAGCGCUGGGCUGGGUGUGCAAAGGAAAAGGCUCUGCAAUCCAUCCUGCCCCCGAUGCUGCCUGGAGUGUGUGCAUCGCUCUCAUGACACAACAAGGUCCAAAGGGAAAUCCAAAUUGCCUUGGAAAUCAUCACAAGGCUCUUGGUAAUCACCACAAACUGGCCUGAAGGUGACACUUUUGGUUGGUCUUUGGAAGAGGAAGAAGAGCAGCUGAUUUGUGCUGAGAAGGAAUCCCACUUUUGACAUCAGGCACCUGACUGUGAAGAAGGGUCUGUCAGCUGCUGGCUCUCUCUCUCUCUCUUUCUCUCAGUCUCACCUUUGGAGGAGGGCGGUCGGAGCUGCUGCUUGGGGAAGGGAAUUCACUGUGGACUGGGUUUGUGUUCUGUUUGGGGUCCAUGCUGCACUGGUUGGUGUUUUUUUGUUUUGUUGUACAUACUAGUUAAGAACUGUCAUUCCAUUCUCAUAUCUUUCUUUGCUUGAGAACCCCUUAAUUUCUAAAUUAAAAUAACUUGGAGGCAAGGGGUUUACGCUUUUUGUUGCUCCUGCAUUCCUUAGCAGAUCCCUGUCUUUACAACCAAAACACCCCCAUCCCUCUGUGCCACUGUGUGGAGAGGAGGAAAGGAGGGAAUCGGGGAUAAAGUGAAGCCCAGGAAGGAGAGAAUAGUGUGGGCAAGGUGCACUUUUAGGAUUUGGCAGCCUACUCAUUCCCUUGCUCUGGUAUGUUUGAUAGUGAAAUAAA